AUGGAGAGGUUCCGGAAGCUGUGGAGGGGCCGCACGAUGACCUUCGGGAUCCCCCUGUUGCUGUAUCUUGUUGGAGGAUCUUUUGCACUCCGUGAAUUUGCUCAGAUAAGAUAUGAUGUCCACAAACUACAUGGCAAG